AUGAAUAUCCUUCAUUCUCCAAUAUUCCGUGGAGUAUUGUCGAGAACGAGCGGCUGGCUUGCACUUGAAAACAGUCAAGAAUAUCCAUCCGAGAUGGUGAGGGUACAGUGUGUCGUUGCGGCCUUGGCGCGCAAGUUCGGGACCUGCGACAGCCCUCUGACGGCAGAUGAAGUUCUUCUAGAAGAAGCCUUGGCUCACAUUCUGAAGGAAGCUGAAGAAGGCGAACUAGAAGUGACUCGUUUCGACCAAAUGAUUCGAGAUGACCAUCCAGAGGGCGAAGUAAACAACAACAAUGAGCCGGACUAUGAGGACGACGAAGAGGUGGAGGUACCCAAGAAAGACCCCGGCAUCUGGAUCUACUUCGGCGCCAAGAAAGUCCAUGUGGAUAAGGUUCAAGAGGCGAUCGAGUAUUAUCGUUCAUCAACAACGGGAAGCCGUAAGGCUCGAUGGAUGGCGAAUCGUUUCCGGUUUCUAAAGGGAGAGUCCGCCAUGGUCAAGUUCAAGCGAAUCUUGGGGAAAGGCGCUGAGUCGAUAGAGGAUGGGAUCAACUUCUCAUCAUUUAUCAUUCGAAGUAUACAGAAACUUUUGAAUGGAGGGACAUCAGUGGGUGAGGGACAUAACAUCCACAGCGGCCCCUGGCAUUUCCCAUUUAUCGUUGUGUUGAUUACAUACGAAGGGUACGAGAGUACUGACCGAUAUCUCUGGAUCUUCCCGUGCAACAAGCGCGACACAUUUCUCUGCUUGUAUUAUGAAUGGGAUCGAUACUUCGACUUUUCCAUGGGGUCUCCCUCCGAUUUCGAGAAAUACGAGCAAAUACAGUUGGGAAUCAUUCCAAAAGACGAGACAAUGAAAGUGACAUCGGAGGAGAUCAAUGAAUGGACAUAUAAACGGACAAUGGAACCGAAAACGGAGGGGGGAAAGCCGAUUGUAUGGACGGCAAACUAUCGACCAACAUUCGAUGAUAUCAAUUUUUUCGAUUGUCUCAAGGGUCCAUUACCAGAUAUGUCUUAUUGUCAUGAAUUCGAUGAAAUGUGC